UCCUUUAUAAAUAAUGACGUACACACACACUAACGUCAUCGAAAAAAUCUAGAGUAGGUUGCUUAUGCGAAUGAGCAAUCCUUUUUUGCGCAAUUGCUAAAUUCAAAAUGAAAGGAUUGUGACAAUCAAAAAUAUGUACAACUGUCAGACCUACAAUUCAAAAAUUUUAAAAUGAACAACGAACCCAGAGAGGCCGAAAACUUGCAAUAUGAAGAAUCUCAAGUAAUAAUUUUUCACGAAAAACUCGGUAGAAGAAAAAUCGACCGAUAUAUUAUUAACAUUGCUCUUGCUUAUCAAAAACUCGGACACAAAGUCAGAAUAUUAACGUCGCAAUAUGAGAGACACGAUUGCAUCACUGAUAUAAGGUUUUUAGAUAAGGUUGCUAUUGAACACUGCGGUUGGUGGAUACCUAGAAGCCUGUUGGGAUUCUUCAGAGACACUUUUUCUACAUUAAAAGCAAUAUGUAUGGCACUUCGAUUGUUAUUUUUUCCUCCUGAUCCAAAACCUGAACUUGUAAUACUCGAUGUCAGCCUCUGGGCGUUGUACAUUCUAAAGUGUUUUACCAAUUACAAGCUCUACUACGUCGAAAAUUUUAUGUUUUUAAGAAACACCGAUGCUUGUUACGAGCAUACCAAGAUACAUCCAUCUCUAUUAACAGCUAAAUGGAUUAAACUAGCAGAUGAAGUAAUAGUAGAAACUGUAGGAUUUGCAGAUAUUUUAAUGAAGUCUCAUCCAUCUCUUAUUAGAAAGCCUACAGUGUUGUAUCCAUCAAUAGACCUAGGCUUAUGGAAUGAACCAGGGAUUAAUAUUCAAAGAAUUAUACCAGAUUUAAUGGAUAAUAACGUUCUAUUUCUUACUGUAGGGAAAUUCAGAAGAUCGACCAACUUCAAAUUAGCUCUAGAUGCAUUCGAGCUUCUAUUAGAUUUGAUAGAUGAUAAAAUCGCGACAAAACGAUUUCAGUUAGUAAUAGCUGGAAAUUGUAGAACACUAGAUGAAAAAUUUCACUACAACGAACUCAUGGCAAUCGCAAAACAAAGAUUUUGUGCAUCCCAAGUUACUUUCUUGAGGCAGCUACCAACCGUUCAUGAGAAAACAUUGAUAAUGGAAUCAGCCAUAAUGAUUCAUCCGGCCAAAAAUGAUGUCUAUUCAGAUUUCAUCCUCAAAGCUAUGUCCUUAGGAAAACCCAUUGUAGCUACAAAUAAAGGUAUUGCUUCUAAAAUUUUAGUUCACAGAUUAUCAGGUGUAAUCAUUGACCCGGAGCCCAAAAUGUUUGCUGUAGCCAUGAAGAAAUUAAUGACGAGUCCACAUCUGCAAGUUUUUCUCGGAGAUAUGGCUAAGGAUACUUUCGAGAAAUCAUAUUCUUUUAAUAGUUUUUGCGAACGUAUAAAUACAAUGCUAAAAAAAAUACCGCCCUCAUCUGAUCCAAUGGAUAACGAUAAUGAAAUAAAAAAUUGAUUAUUUUAUAUUUCUACUUAAUAUAUUUUGUUCACUAUUA